CGCGUUGUUCGUAAUGGCGGCGGAGGUUCACUUUGAUGAGGGCGAAGUCAAACCGAGCGCUGGAGGAGACGAGUCUGUGGGAGAGACGGAGGAGAAACCCUCCACCACCACAGGUACAAGUACUGCAAAUACUACUACUACUGCAAAUACUACUACCUCUGCUGUGUGUAGUACUUGUGCAUGUGCUCGUGCAGCUGAGCGACACAUCUCCAUCCAGAGUCGCAUCGAGGACCUGGAGGCACUCGUCGACCUCAACGGAGCGGGGAGGAAGUCGUGUCCGCUCUGUCCUGAGGAGAAGUUUAAGUCGUGCUACAGCCACAAACUCAGAAGACACCUCCAGAACCUCCACUGGAAGGUUUACGUCGAGUUCCAAGGUCAGAGGAUGUGCAUCUGUCAUCUUCCCUGUCGGACGCUGAAGCCCAGUCCCUCAUCUGAGCAGUCGGGCCCGCGGGCCGUCGCUCACUAUCACUGCGUCGUUUGUUCUGGGACCAUCGCCCGGAAAACCGACAUGAUCGGUCACCUCAAACGCCACAGCAACAAAGGAGAGACGCAGGCCAGCUACAGUCUGGACCCGGACCAGGACCAGAACCAGAACCAAGACCAGGGACCAGCGUUGUGCGGUCGGACUCUGGAGAUCCUGAAGGAGCUCGGAACAAACGUCCAACUGAUGCCAAACCACAACACGCCACAGAAGAGCGACACGUACUUCAACCGCAAGAUGAAGACAAACAGACAGUUGGUGUUCUGUUCUCUUGCCGCUCUCGCUGAGGAGAGGAGUCCUCUGGAGUGUCUGGACGCCUUCGGAGCCACAGGCAUCAUGGGGCUGCAGUGGGCCAAACACCUGCGCUCGGCCGUCAGAGUGACCAUCACCGACGUCAGCGACACCUGCGUCAACAUGAUCAGAGAAAACUGUCAACUCAACCAGAUCCGAGUCGCUCCCUGGACCGGGACCGAGUCCGGGUCCGAGUCCGUGUCCGGAACGGGACCCGGGGCGGGACCCGGAGCGGCGGAGGGGCGGAGCCUGACCACUGUCGAGGUCAACAAGAUGGACGCCAACGUCAUCAUGCACCUCAGGCCCUUUGACUACAUACACUUGGACCCGUUCGGUUCGGCGGUUCACUUCCUGGACGCGGCGUUCCGGAACGUGAGGAAUCUGGGCAUCGUGUCGGUGACGUCGACGGACACGGGUGCGCUCUACGCCAAGACGCCGCACGUGACGCUGCGCCACUACGGCGCCGCCCUGGUGCGCACCGAGUACUACAAGGAGCUGGCGGCGCGAACCGUCCUCGACGCCGUCGCACGGGCGGCUGCGCGCUGUUCUAAAGGUGUGGAGGUUCUCCUGUCGGUGGCGCUCGAGCACUUCGUCCUGGUGGUGGUUCGGGUUCUCAGGGGCCCGUCUCAGGCCGACGAGUCUGUGCGGAGGCUGCGCAGACUCGUGCACUGCCAGUGGUGCGAGGAAAGACUCUUCCUGAAGCAAGGCACCUCCAUCGACGACACUUUGCCGUGUUCCUGCCACGGGACUUUACCUGGAAAAACCGCCGUCGUCCUGGGACCACUGUGGAGUGGUCCUCUGUUUCACUCUGGGUUCCUGCGGCGGAUGUUGAAGGCGGCGCUCAAACACUCGAUGGACGACGUCCAACCUCUGCUCAAGACUCUGCUCUGUGAAUCUGAGUGCACCCCCCUGAAGAACCCCCCGCUGUGCCCACCCGCCCUCACCAACCAAGUGGAGUGUGGUGUUGUCAUCAAAACUCCUCAGAGCUCAGAAGAACCAGGAGCUGAUUCUGCAGGGAAGAGGAGGAACCCGGAGGACGUGGGUCCACUGAUCAAGAAACUGAAGCCCGACACGACUCAAGAACAUCCUCCAUUUUACUACAGUAUCCACCGGCACAGUAUCAGAGGAAUGAACAUGCCCAAGUUGAAUAAGUUCCUUCAGUACUUGUGCGAGGCCGGGUUCAGGGUGAGCCGGACCCACUUUGACCCGACCGGAGUCCGGACCAACGCGGAUCUCAACCAGUUUACAGCCGUCCUCAGCAAAUACAGCUCCCCCACCUGCACCAAGCCCGGACCGGACCAGGACUGAACCCGGACCGGACCAGGACUGAACCCCGGACCGGACCAGGACUGAACCCGGACCGGACCAGGACUGAACCGGACGGACCAGGACUGAACCCGGACCUGGACUGAACCCGGACCAGGACUGAACCCGGACCUGGACUGAACCCGGACCGGACCAGGACUGAACCGGGACCGGGACUGGGACUGACUCUUGUUUUUAUUUAAUUUAUUGUUUCAGAGAUUUUAUUGUUUUUAAUUUUGUUUUAGAAAAUGUCAAAAAUAAAUUGAAAAUGUUUCAAA